GUGGCGAACUACAUACCUCAGUUAGCCCGUUACAGUCCCGACUAUUGGGGCGUUUCUGUGUGUACAGUAGACGGACAACGCCAUUCCAUCGGCGAUAUCAAUACACCGUUUUGUCUGCAGUCAGUCAGUAAACCUCUGACCUACUCCAUGAUUCUCAACGAACUCGGACCAGAGAUCGUCCAUCAAUAUGUCGGCCAUGAACCCAGUGGCCAUCCUUUUAACAUGAUCUGUUUGGACCGUAAUGAUAAACCACAUAAUCCCAUGAUCAAUUCAGGGGCCAUUGUGAUAUGCUCACUAGUGAAACAGGAGAUGAACUCGGCUGACAAAUUUGACCAUACAAUUAACAUGUUUAAGAAGAUGGCUGGUGGGGAGUUGAUGACUUUCAAUAAUGGAGUUUAUUUAUCAGAGAAGGAGACAGCGGAUAGAAAUUUUUCCCUUGGUUACUACAUGAGAGAGAAAAGGUGCUUUCCAGAGGGAACUAACCUGAGAGAGGUGUUAAACUUCUAUUUCCAACUCUGUUCCGUUGAGAUCAACUGUGACUCGGGGGCGGUGCUUGCAGCCACACUAGCCAAUGGCGGAGUCUGUCCAACCACAGGAGAUAGCCUUCUCACAGCGCAGUCUGUCCGUGACACACUCUCACUGAUGUUUUCCUGCGGCAUGUACGACUACUCUGGCCAGUUUGCUUUCCAG